GAGCACGUGCAGAGAGGAAGGGGAGAAGAGUGGUAUAGCCAAUCUAGAAAGCAAGAGAUAACUUCCCAACUUGCGAUUCCUAAAUUUUCCCUCUUCUUCUCUUUUUUCUUUUUAUACAAACAAGUACUACUUACAAGCCUAUAAACUGACACACUGAAUACAAACAAACCUUUGUACAAGUUUCAGUUUCUUGGAUGGUGGUAAACUCAUUAAUGGACUAAAUGGGUGCUCAGAAAAGCAUUCAUGCUGGCAAAGCUAAAAUAGAUGUCAAUGUGGAUUUCACCCAUAAACUAUGUGCUGCUUUGAUGCUCCAGCCUUUCAGGAAUUCUGGCAGUCCCCUUGAAUUGGUAAUUGGCAGUCUUUGCAUAAAACACCCAAAUUUAUUUGGCAAGAGUGAGAAGCUAGAUGUUUUGUGGGAUAAAGGACUCUAUGAUUCCAAUAUCCUGAUUACUUACCGGAAGCCAAGACCAGAAUGGCUUGCUCAGCAGUCUCUUGUCGUUCAGCAUUCCGUUUCUCCCGAGAUUGGGGUCCAUGGCUUACCGGAGGACAAUUUCUCUCGGUCAGGAAGUGGUGGAGUUAACUUAUGUCGCUUCUCUGCUGGCUUAGAUUUGAGUGAGCCGGCAAGUUCCAACUGGAGCAGCAAGACAAGUAUAAAAUUUGAGCAUAUUCGUCCUGUAAGUGAUGAGGGUCGGUCAAUAAACAGAGAUAUUCAUGGGUUUCCAGUGACUUGCAGUGGUGGCUAUCAAGAUAGUAUGGUAGUAGUUAAACAGGAGUCUCGAUAUGCAAAAGCAAACGAUCGUAGUUUUUCUCAAUUUAGCCUGCAAAUUGAACAAGGGGUUCCUAUUCUUUCCAAGUGGCUGAUCUUCAACCGAUUCAAGUUUGUUGCAUCAAGGGGACUAAAACUUGGCCCGGCUUUUCUCUUGACGAGUCUCACGGGUGGAUCUAUUGUGGGGGAUAUAGCUCCCUAUCAAGCGUUUGCAAUUGGCGGGCUUGGUAGUGUUCGAGGGUAUGGCGAAGGAGCUGUUGGCUGUGGUAGAUCUUGUCUGGUUGCUAACAAUGAGCUGACGUUUCCUUUGAGCCAGAUGCUUGAUGGUGCCGUCUUCUUGGAUUGUGGAUCUGAUUUGGGCUCAGGUCGUCACGUGCCUGGAAAUCCUGGUCUUAGACAUGGCAAACCAGGAAAUGGAGUUGGACUCGGAUAUGGCCUUAGAUUCAAGUCUCCGUUGGGACAUUUCCAGGUGGACUAUGCAGUCAAUGCAUUUCAACAACGAACAGUGUACUUUGGCUUCAGUAACCUCCCCUCGUGAGUCUUAAUCACAACACUUGCCACCGUGACAUAACUUAUGGUCAGCAUUGCAUCCGUAGAGAAAAAUUCCGAGAAUAUCUGUAAGGAUCAGACUUUGAGCUCCGAUCAGUGGUCUGUCUGGUCUGUCCCUUAUUCAGAGCGAAGGCUGUUUUCUUACAGGGACAACAAUGAAGAUUUUUUCAUAUUGAGCAAAUUAGUGCAUGAGGUGGUUCCAUUUGUCCCUCCUAUCUGUCAAAGAUCAGAUAGAUAUUUGUACAUUCUUUACAGUGACCAUCAGGAGGUUAGUUUUGAUGUCAAAGUUUAUAACUUACAAUAUACAAUGUACCCAUUCAACUUCCUUUCAUUCUUUUACAAAUAUAGAAAUUUGUCAGUUGAUUUCA